CCAUAACAAUCUCUUUGGUAAUUGUAAAAAAUACUUUUCGACAAGCUUGCCAGGCGCGCCUAAUGCACAUACUAAUUUGAUAGCUUCGCAAUCUCUUGAUCCACCGAUUCUUCAUAAACAAUUACCCGAAGUUUUUACUCCUUUUAUUGGAGAGAUACGUUCUUAUGGUUUAGAUUCUGGCUAUAUUACUAGCACCAUUCAGUCUGCUUUAGAAUUAUUCACCGUUUAUACCAGUUUGCCUUGGGGAGUUACUAUAUGGCUUACUGCAUUCACCAUCCGGUUUUUGAUUUGGCCUUUAAAUUUGACUGCUAUGCGAAACGGUUAUAAAACGCUCAUCGUUCGGCCACAAUUGGAUGUAAUGACGUCGAGGUUAAAGCAGAAACGCGCUGAACUGGACUUUGAAGGAAUGAAAGUUGAAGCCCAAAAAAUGAAAGAUUUUCUGAAAUGCAAUAAAAUUCGACCGUAUUUUCCGUUUCUUUUGAUUGGAAUUCAAAUGCCGAUUUUUAUUUCUAUUUUUAUGGCGCUGAAGAAAAUAAUCGAUGCUCCCGUUUCUUCGUUGAAAUCAGGCGGCUUCUUUUGGUUUACAGACUUGACAGUGGCUGAUCCGCUUAACCUUCUUCCUUGUUUUGCUGCGCUCGGAACGCUUUUUUCUAUGAAUUCCAGCUGGAAAUGCAAUCCGAUACACACGAGUUUUAUUGGAUUUCAGACUCCUUUAAGGAUAUUAACAUUAGCUUCAGUGCCCAUAACAGUUAUUAUGGGGAUCCCCAGCGGAAUCAUUUUAUACUGGAUGGGGGCCUCAGCCGCUUCUUUUAUACAAUUUUCUUUACUUCGCAAUUCUAUACUCCGUCAUAAACUUAAUCUUCCGUCCAUUUCUUUGAUUCGCGAAUUGAAUGAAAAACUCAAGCCAGUAGUCCCCUUCGCUGAUUUACUUACUCGAAAAGAAGCACAGGGUCCGACUCCUUUUGAGGCAUCGCUAAAAAAUAAAAGGGAAUAUAUAAAUGCAGUGAAGCGCAAAGCUGCUUUCAAUAAAUAAAAUUUUUUUAA